UCACACAGAAGUGGACAGAGCGAACCCAAACAUCAAGCGCUCCUACCCAGAGAUCAGAGGGAGUGCAGGAUGGGGCAUGCUGUGCUACAACAAGCAGAGGCCAUCAGUCACACUCUCACUUGGUGAGAUCAUCUGCAGACAGACACAGGGGCUGUUUCUCUCCAGUGUAUCUCGAGGAGAGCACCCGGCAGGGUUCAGUGGUCGAGCCUUUUACAACGGAACCAUACACUGUAAAGGAAACGAGACUAGACUCUCCGAGUGCUCUGUGAACAUUUCACCUGCUGGCUGGUGUCCCGGGAUGUACACCAUGAUCACCUGCACAAUGGGUGUACCAGACCUAGUGCCUGAUCUGACGCGAUUCCGUAACUCACUCGUGAGCAGGCGCUACGUG